UCACGUUACAGUCUUAAAGCAAAUGAGUUAAAGAGUGCGUGUCUUACCCCACUAGGAUGAAAGAACACUAUAUUCUACAGUUCCGAUAAGUAUUGAGGCUAAGAACGGUUCUGACGAGCAGUUAACCGUUUCGUCCAUCGUGUUUAAUCCAGAAGAGGAGAAACAUCGUAGGCAUUGUGAAAAAACCUAUCAACAGAUGAAUACCCCUCCUGACCUUCUGUAGUUUGUUUUUCUCUCAAGUGAAGAUGGCCUCUCUCCUUCUCUUUAGGCUACUACACUGAUCACCUCCACUGGGACACAAACGCAUAAUGGAGAGAAAACGCCGAAAGAAAUGAACUCAAGCCAUGGUUUAUUCAGGCUAUCUUUGUUUUGGACAUAAGCUUUUUUAAAACUCCAAAACUCCUUUAAGAAAACAUGAUGGUAAAUAAACCGAAACGGACCACAGGGGUCAUGAUCCCGGGACUGUGCUUGCUUUGGGGCAUGUUGGUUGUUCAGUUUUCUCUGGUGGGCACAGAGGAAAAGAAUGGACCUUUUUCCACUCCCUUUCCUCCAUCCCUGGAUGCUGAUGCUUUCUUGAACCCAAACUGUUCACAGUUCACAUUAAAACUGGGUUUUUCUACCAAAGUGGUCAAGCAUGAAUACAUCGUUGCGUUUAACGGUUACUUCACAGCCAAGGCUCGAAAGCAUUUCAUCAGCAGAGCCCUGCGAGAUGUGGAUGUGGUGAACUGGCGCAUAGUGCAGCGGGACAAUCCCGCCAGCGAUUUCCCCAGCGACUUUGAGGUGGUGGAGAUACGGCAGGAGGCCCGCAGCAGCCUGCUCACCCUCCAGGAUCACCCUUACAUUAAGAGAGUGACGCCUCAGCGCAUGGUUCUUCGCAGCCUAAAACUGGUUGAUUCGGGGACUGAUGGAGGAUCCCAAUGCAAUGACACGCGCUGGGUUCAGAAGUGGCAGUCAUGGCAAUCAUCAAGGCCGCUUAGGAGGACCAGUCUGUCUCUGAGCUCUGGUUUCUGGCAUGCCACAGGCAGACACUCCAGUAGGCGUCUUCUACGGGCCAUCCCCAGACACGUCGCCCAGAUACUGCAGGCAGAUGUGCUCUGGCAGAUGGGACACACUGGCUCCGGAGUGAAGGUAGCUGUAUUUGACACUGGGCUGAGUGAGAAGCAUCCCCACUUUAAGAAUGUUAAGGAAAGAACCAACUGGACCAAUGAGAAAACACUGGAUGAUGGGUUGGGUCACGGUACCUUUGUGGCUGGAGUUAUUGCCAGCAUGAGAGAAUGCCAGGGCUUUGCUCCUGAUUCAGAGCUACAUAUCUUCAGGGUUUUUACCAAUAACCAGGUAUCCUACACUUCCUGGUUCUUAGAUGCCUUCAACUAUGCCAUCCUGAAAAAGAUUGAUGUCUUAAACCUCAGUAUAGGGGGGCCAGACUUCAUGGACCAUCCGUUUGUAGAUAAGGUUUGGGAGCUCACGGCCAACAAGGUGAUCAUGGUGUCUGCUAUUGGCAAUGAUGGUCCAUUGUACGGGACCCUGAACAAUCCUGCGGAUCAGAUGGAUGUUAUUGGUGUGGGAGGGAUUGAUUUUGAGGACAACAUUGCCAGGUUCUCAUCUCGUGGCAUGACUACAUGGGAACUGCCGGGUGGCUAUGGCAGGGUGAAGCCUGACAUCGUGACUUAUGGCUCGGGUGUACGCGGCUCUGGGUUGAAGGAAGGCUGUCGUUCUCUCUCGGGCACCAGUGUUGCAUCACCUGUGGUGGCUGGAGCUGUCACACUGCUUGCUAGCACUGUAUUGAACAGAGAGUUGAUAAACCCAGCCAGCAUGAAACAAGCUCUGAUCGCGUCAGCUCGCAGGCUGCCGGGGGUCAACAUGUUUGAGCAAGGCCAUGGCAAACUCGAUCUGCUCCGAGCCUACCAGAUCCUUAACAGCUACAAGCCACAAGCCAGUUUGAGUCCUAGCUACAUAGACCUGACCGAGUGCCCGUACAUGUGGCCCUACUGUUCUCAACCCAUUUACUACGGCGGCAUGCCAACUAUUGUCAACGUGACCAUUCUAAAUGGUAUGGGCGUGACGGGAAGGAUUGUGGACAAGCCCAUCUGGCAGCCGUACAUUCCUCAGAAUGGGGAUUAUGUAGACGUUGCAGUAUCUUACUCGCCAGUGCUCUGGCCCUGGGCUGGAUACCUGGCUGUCUCAAUAUCUGUGGCCAAGAAAGCUGCAUCAUGGGAAGGCAUCGCUCAGGGUCAUGUCAUGGUCACGGUUGCAUCGCCAGCAGAGAAUGAUUCAGCAAUAGGUGGUGAGAUGACAUCCACGGUGAAACUACCAGUGAAGGUGAAGAUUGUUCCCACUCCCCCACGCAGUAAAAGGGUCCUGUGGGAUCAGUACCAUAACCUUCGCUACCCCCCUGGAUACUUUCCCAGAGACAACCUGCGCAUGAAGAACGAUCCUCUUGACUGGAAUGGUGAUCAUAUUCAUACCAACUUUAGAGACAUGUACCAGCACCUUCGGAGCAUGGGCUAUUUUAUUGAGGUCUUGGGGGCACCAAUCACAUGCUUCGAUGCCAGUCAGUAUGGGACCUUGCUGAUGGUGGACAGUGAGGAAGAAUAUUUCCCAGAAGAGAUCACCAAGUUGAGAAGAGACAUAGAAAAUGGGCUGUCUCUCAUAAUUUUUAGUGACUGGUACAAUACAUCAGUCAUGAGAAAAGUCAAGUUUUAUGAUGAGAACACCAGGCAAUGGUGGAUGCCGGACACAGGGGGCGCUAAUGUGCCAGCACUGAAUGACCUGAUCUCUUUGUGGGGUAUGGCCUUUAGUGAUGGCCUAUAUGAGGGAGACUUUACAAUGGCAGAUCAUGACAUGUAUUAUGCCUCUGGGUGCAGCAUCGCUCGUUUUCCAGAAGAUGGGAUUGUUAUUGGUCAUACCUUAAAGGAUCAAGGACUGGAGGUCUUGAAACAAGAGACUGCAGUUGUGGAAAAUGUGCCGGUGCUUGGACUGUACCAAACACCCAUUGAAGGGGGAGGACGCAUAGUACUCUACGGAGACUCCAACUGCAUCGAUGACAGUCACAGACAGAAAGACUGUUUUUGGCUUCUGGAUGCUCUGCUGCAAUACACCUCUUAUAGCAUGACUCCACCCAGCCUCAUGCACUCUAAAAACAGAAUGGUGCCCCCUACAGGCGCAGACAGGCCAUUACCACAAAGACUGGAAGGUAAUCACCUCUACCGUUACUCCAAAGUGCUGGAGGCUCAUCUGGGUGACCCUAAGCCACGUCCACUGCCUGCAUGCCCUCAUCUGUCUUGGGCUAAACCCCAACCACUUAAUGAAACUGCUCCCAGCAAUCUGUGGAAGCACCAGAAGCUUCUGUCAGUUGACCUGGACAAGGUGGUUUUGCCUAAUGUGAGGCCUUAUCGGCCUCAGGUUCGACCCUUGUCUCCUGGGGAAAGUGGAGCUUGGGACAUCCCAGGAGGAAUAAUGCCAGGCCGCUAUAAUCAAGAAGUAGGCCAGACCAUCCCAGUGUUUGCAUUUCUUGGUGCCAUGGUCGUGCUUUCCUUCUUCGUGGUGCAGUUGACCAAGGGCAAGAACAAACCCAAGCGUAGGAAACCCAGAGUGAAACGGCCACUUUACCUUCAACAACAGUCACAACAAACCCCCAGCCGAAACCCCUCAGUUUGAAUGGCCACACAAGAUUAUGCCACAUCUGGACAAACAGGGAACAGUUUUCCCUGAGGUGUGCUUGUUACUUUGGGCUUGUGGUGAUGAGAUUGAACUCUGAAAGGUUUCAUGUUCUUAUGAUGAACCUGCCACCUGCGCCCAGAUAAGACCCUCACCUGGACAUCAGUAUUCCCUCUCCAAUCUUUUUUCCACAAAUGCCUUUCAAUUCAGCGACCAAAUGGAGGAAUGUUUUGUUUUUUAAUUUAUUGACAAUUAAUUGAGUAUUGACCCUUGUUUUGUAUGUCAAAAUGGACACCAGCCAUUCAGUUGCCUAUUCAAACACACUGAAUUUCCAUGUCCUUGUUUUUGUAUUUUGUCAAAAUCUGUUUUUAUAAAAUGGGUGUGUGCUUACAUCUUUGUAAAUAGCCAUCAGGAUUUCAAUGUUGUUGGUGCGGAGAAUCAAUGUUUAAAAUAUAUCCCAUCUGAUAUAAACCAGAAA